AUGCCGCUGGGUAUCCAUAACCCGCUGCCGUCGUCUCUGAGCAGCGAAUGCAAAAAGGCGGCCAAAAUCUUGACAUCCUUUGUGGACCCAAGGCAGGCCUUUGGUCCCGAUAAGGUCAUUCCACCAGAGAUUCUGGCCAAUGCGAAGGGUCUCGCCAUUCUCACAGUUCUUAAAGCCGGAUUUAUUGGAUCCGGUCGAUUUGGAUCCGGUAUUGUUGUUGCCCGUCUAGCUGAUGGCUCCUGGUCGGCUCCUUCCGCGAUCGUUACUGCCGGUGCCGGUGUGGGUGGACAGAUUGGGUUCGAGCUGACCGACUUCGUCUUCAUUCUCAACGAUGCCUCGGCCGUCCGCGCAUUCUCGCAGUUUGGAACCCUUACACUGGGUGGCAACGUCUCUCUUGCCGCAGGUCCGGUCGGUCGCAAUGCAGAGGCUGCCGGUGCGGCUAGCACUAAGGGUGUUGCGGCAGUCUUCUCGUACUCGAAGACCAAGGGUCUCUUUGCCGGGGUCAGUUUGGAGGGCAGUAUGCUCGUGGAGCGCAAGGAUGCCAAUGAGAAGAUGUAUCAGAGCCGUGUCAGCGCCGCCCAGCUUCUGACCGGUAGUGUUCGACCGCCGCCCUCAACUGAUGCACUGAUGCACGUUCUCAACUCGCGUGCUUUCCAGGGCAACGCGCGGGCUGGGGGUGACUCGAUGUACAACGAUACGCCAAUUUACGAUGAUAGUCAUGACGACGUUGUCUGGGAAGGCCGGAGAGGCGAGGCCUAUGGUCAGGGCUCACGCACCAACCGCAGCCGAGCGAGUACCUUCGACGACGCUUCCAGUGGUUACGAAUACCGCGACAAGCCACGCCGCGCAAACACCUCCUCCUGGGAUGAUGAUGUGUAUGACCGCCCUGCAGGGGGGUUGGGACGUUCUUCGACUACUCGUGAUGACUCAUUCGGCGGCUAUGGACGCAGCCGCAGCAAUACCACGCCGCUCGACGACGACUACACUUACUCCGACCGCCGGCCUACCCGUCCGACUGCUCCCAAGCCGGUCUUUGGGCAACGUACGGGCCAGGGUGCGACUCUCCGGUCGGACCAGGCGAUUGCCCUCUACACGUUUGAUGCGGACCAAGAUGGGGACUUGGGCUUCAAAAAGGGCGAGAUCAUUACGAUUCUGAAGCGAACUGAGAAGGCAGAGGAUUGGUGGACUGGCCGAAUUGGCGAUCGGGUUGGCAUUUUCCCUAGCAACUAUGUUGAUGCCUCUUCUUAG